CGCACACCACCGGAAGUAAUUUGAAUUUUCGUCAUGUAAACAGCGCACCGAUAAAAAAACCCCCCUGAUAAUCACCCAGAGGUUUCAUAAAAUGGGUGUAAAAGGUCUGCAGAGCUUCGUGGAGCGAUGCUGUCCAGAGGCGUGUGUUACAGUGAACCUGAGAGACAUGGCCAGGCAGCAUGUCACCAAAAACCAGCAGCGCUGCUCUUCUAACAUCACCAGUCCCACACUUGUUGUUGACGGCAUGUCCUGCCUCUGCCACUGGUACUCAUGUAUGAACUGGGUGUGUGGAGGCCAGUGGACAGAGUAUAUGGAGGUUCUGAAGAAAUGGGUGGAGGCUUUUACCUCUGCAGGCAUCAAAUUGGUUUUUUUCUUUGAUGGAGUCGUGGAAGAACAGAAGAGACCAGAGUGGGUGAAAAGGCGACUCAGGGUGAACAAGGAUAUUCUAAAAAUAUUCAGCCACAUUAAGCAACAUGGAGAACAGCCAGGUCAACAGUUCUCUUGUCUGCCAUCCGCUCUGGCAACAUUCACUCCUUUUGCUCUCAGGUCACUGGGUCAGGACGUGUUCUGCUCAGUGAGAGAGGCGGACUAUGAAAUUGCCAGCUAUGCUUGUUGCCAUGGUAGCAUGGGGAUUCUGGGACAAGACACAGACUUCAUCAUAUAUGACAGUGCCCCCUACUUGUCCGUGGCAAAGCUGCGAAUAAAUGGCCUAACGACAGUCAUGUAUGACCGGCAGAGGCUCUGCAGAAACAUCGGGCUGAGCGUGACCCAGCUGCCUCUGCUGGCCUGUCUGCUGGGUAAUGAUGUGGUUUCAGAGGAGCUCAUGCAGCACAUCAGGAGUAGUGCUGUGGCAGCAUACAGGAGAACAAAUCCAGCACCGUAUUCUGGUCCUCCUCAGGGUGAGGUAGUCCUGGCUGUAGCCCAGUUUGUGAGCUCUUUGUCUGCUUCUGCAGAGGAAGAAACUGGACUUAUCCCACAUUCCCUGAACGUAGCAUCUUCCCAAAGAGAGCUACUAAAGAAGGGAAUCUGUUCCUACUUACUUCCUGGACACAAAGAUUAUGAACUGGUUGGCAUUUCUGUUCCACCCUCUGCCUUUGAGAAAUAUGUUAGUCCUGAGAUUUUAAAGGCAUGUAGAGAGAAACAUGUAGCGGCGGAGGGUUUCAUGGUUUACAGUGUUGUGUGCGCUGGAGUCACCGAAUGCAGCAACUCUCUGGAGGACGAAGAGGACGAGGAAUUGCUGCCUCAGGCCCUCGUCUUCAAGCCGUGCAGACAGCGCAUCUAUGGUUUGCUGCUGCUGCUAGGAAAAGAUGGCAGCUCUGUGGAUGCUCCAGCCAUCAGGGAAUGGUUCGUCUUCCCCGGAAACCCUUUGAAAGAAGCUGACACGGUCCAUCCUGUCCCCAUUAACAUCCCAUGUGGUCAACCCAGUCUGGACCUGUUAUGGUUUAGCUCUGGUCCUGAGGUUUCUGCUCUUCGCCUUGCAGCCUUCCUUACAGUCUUUGACUGCCUUCACUAUUCUGACUUGCAUGGCGAGAUUGGAGACUCUCUCCUGGCGGCUCUUUGUCUCGUCACAUACAUCGUCCUUCAGGUAGAGACCUUGUCUGAGGAGGACGUGGAUGCGUACCUGAGUCAGGCCGUGUGUCUGAGGCUGAAGUCGCCCUUGGAGCUUCGGCAGAUCGAGCUGCCUGUCCUUUCGAGUCGAGCCGUGCAGCUGGGAUCGCUCUACGUCCGAGGACUGAGCCACCUGCUGGGAGCCAACAAUGCCAGCGGCUGUGCGCUGCCCAGCGCCGCUCUGAUGCCUUGGCACGGCUUUGACGGACGGCUGUUCCACUCCAAGUACCUGCUGGCACACAGCGGCGCGGAGAAGUCUGAGCUGCUGGACAGAGAUAUGUUCUCCCUUUCUCAGUUUGUUCAGCUGAAGGAGAAACUUCUGGAAACCUGCAGGAAGAGAGGCAGAAUCCUCCAGUCCAGACCCAGAGAAACACAGAGAAACCUUCGAUACUCAAACACUUCAGGUUUCCCUUCAGGAGCUGAUCAGGCCUGGAGAGGAGAGACCAGAAGAGACCUUCAACAUGGACAAACAUGGAGGCAAAGAGAGGCGGCGUGUGGAGAACAAAGCGGCUGUGAAAACCCAGAAACACCGCAGUGGAGAGCAGAUCACAGAGGGGGACGUCAAAGUUUCCAUUCACAUCGCUCUAACUCCUACGAAGGUCGACCCCUGAACCGGAACUGGCAUCCCAAACAGAACCGAGGUCGGCUGCAUCACAACAGAGGGAGAUACCAGCUGGCUCCCAGAUGGCAACACCCUCCUGCUCCCUGAAUAUAACAGAAGCAUGAAGAGAGAGGAACUAAGGAUUAAAGAGAAGGACUUGAUAAAAAAAGACGCGAUGAAAAGGAGGAGUGGAUCAAAUUCCUCUGAACAAACUGAUUAGCGGAUGAUCCGUUGGGAAUGUUUGUCUAAAGGAUGGAGCAGGAAGAGAAACGGAGCCUAAACUGGAAACACAAUGGUGAUGGUGCCAUGGUAUGUUUAAAAGAAAUCCUGUAGUCUCUACUUUAUACCAGCAAAACCUUUUAUAUUUAAGGACAAAAACAUUUAAACAAAACGAAGAACUAAUAAAAAUAAAGCUUACUUUAGCACGUAAGUUUAUUGUUUGACUCCGAGUUUGGCUCUGUCUCUUAUCUGUUACAAAAGGAAAAUCUGUGUAUUCAGGGAAAUAAUCCUUCCUACAGUAAUGGGCUUUAGAGAAAACAUAAUGCUGGUGUCAGAUAUCAAAUCCACCACAGCUGAUAUUUGGCAAAAUAAAAGUGUCUUGAAUGCAAAUUAUUUGUUCAUACUCUGAAAAUAAAUGACAACAUGCCAAAUUUUAUCCAAGAGUGUUUUAAAUUACAAUUUAUUUCUAAAUUUGAUAACAAUUUGAAUGAGUCUCAGUCCUGCUGGGGCUCCGCUGGAGAUAUCAUAUAAGUUAUUCUAUUGGUCUGUGUAGCUAAGCUAAUGUUUUUAAAUACAUUUCUUAAAAUCUAUUCUCAAACAUUUUAUAUUUCCAAAGUGGAAACCAUGAAAUACAGACACUUCCAAUAGCUUUAACCAAACACUCGUGCAGAUACCAAACAGUUAGUUGUUUUUGUUGUUGUUGUCAAAUUGGUUAUAAAAUUAACUAUUAAUUUUAAUUUGCUGCUGCAAGUCAUUUUUGCACAAUAGAAACUUUACUGGGAUUUUAUGCGAUUGGCCAACAAAUGUGGGUAAAGUGGAAUAAAAUUUAUACAUAUUUUUAUUUUCUUUUACAGGUAAAAAUGUGAUGUGGUCAUCUUACGACGCUCCUGGAGGCGUCAUUAUUAUUCAUUGAGUCAUAUCAGCAAAACCAUACAGUUUCAAUGCAAGAUGAGUUGGAAUCUGUCACAAAAAUGGUCGUAGUGCCCUUAUUCUUAUCCAAUUUAUAAAAAGAUGUGUUUUAAAUUAAAUCUGAGAAAGUUACCAAAGUUUCACUCAGUAAAAUAUGUAUCUGUCUGGAUAUAAAGCUAUAAACUGUUUGGUUUCUGUGAAGUGAAUUUCUCUUAUAUAUUGGCCAAUAAUUUAAUUUUACAUAAUUGCUGCCAGUUCUUAUACUUCAUAAAAUAUUUCAU